AUGCGGCUGGUUCCUGCCCUGCCUCCUGUUCCUGUCCACGCUGCCGCUCCAGUACCAGUACCAGUUCCUGCCGCCGUCGUUCCUGCUCGUGGUGUUGCUGCUCCCACCCCAGGUCCUUCCGGACAGGUGCAGUCGGGCCUUGUUGCUUCGGCAACUGCCCCGGCUACGUCCUGGAUGGAAGACCUGAUGGUGGUCCUGAAGCAGCUGAUGAAGAAGAGGAGGAGGAGGAGGAGGAAGGUGUCAUCGUCGUCUUCAUCGUCUUUUUCGUCGUCGUCGUCUGCUGCCGCUUCCCCUUUGACUUCUAAGGCCUCGCAGCCUAAGAAGAAGAAGGUCGCCUCCCCCUUCCCUAAGAAGGCUCGCUAUGAGUCUUCUAAGGGUCCUUCCCACUCUGGUGGGAAGGUUGGGGCUUCUGCUGGUCUUCCUGUUCCGCCAGGAAGAAGAAGACUGGGACCGGAGGAGCACCGGCUAACACCGGUACCUCCUCGCCUCGCGCCAGAGGCUCUGCCUCGGCGCCAGGUACCGUCUUGA